AUGGAGAACGAGUCGGUGAUCUUCUGGUUUCGUUACAAGAGAAGAAUUUAUACCCAAACCUACGUAGACGACAAACAGCUGGCCAAGCUACACACCAAGGCCAACCUGAAGCGCUUUAUGGAACAUGUGCAUCAGAAGAAUGUGGAGAAGGUUUCCAAAUGGUUGGAAAAAGGCCUGGACCCCAACUUCCAUGACUCGGACACCGGAGAGUGUCCUCUGACUCUGGCGGUCCAGCUGGAGGAAAGCUGCGAGCUGAUCAAAGUGCUUCGCAGCGGAGGAGCUCACCUGGACUUCAGGACCAGAGACGGGAUCACCGCUCUGCAUCGAGCCGUCCUCUGCAGGAACAGCGCCGCUCUCACUACUCUGCUGGACCUCGGAGCGUCUCCGGACUACAAAGACAGCAGAGGUCUGACUCCUCUCUAUCACUCUGCUAUGGUGGGUGGCGCCCCCUACUGCUGCGAGUUACUGCUGCAGGACCACGCCACCAUAGGGAUGACUGAUGAGAACGGGUGGCAGGAAAUCCACCAGGCCUGUCGCUAUGGUAACGUGCAGCACUUGGAGCACCUGCUGUUCUACGGCGCUGACAUGAGUUCCCAGAAUGCAUCAGGGAACACCGCACUGCAUCUCUGUGCUCUCUACAAUCAGGACAGUUGUGCCCGAGUGUUGCUGUUCAGAGGAGCCAAUAAGGACGUCAAGAACUACAACAACCAAACUGCCUUUCAGGUGGCGAUCAUCGCCGGGAACUUCGAUCUUGCCGAAAUCAUCAAGAUCCAUAAAACCUCUGACGUUGUAGUUCCCUUCAGAGAAACUCCAUGCUACACCAAACGCCGCCGGGCCGGUGUGAUCCGAGCGCCGGCCGGAAACGGGCUGUCAUCUCCGCGCUCUCUGAUUCGCUCGGCCAGCGACAACGCUCUGGAAAGCCCCGCCUCCUCACCUGGACCCUCGCUGCAAAGCCUGGAGACACACCACGACACACACACACACUCACUGCGACGACACACACGCCGACUCAGCCCGAGCGGUGGAGGUCAUGUGGAGAACAGCCCCCCCCCCUCUCCUCCCCUCACCCCCCAGAUGAGGAAGAGGAGGCUGUACAGCGCUGUGCCGGGACGCACGUUCAUCGCCACCCGAUCCCACGUUCCCCAAGGCACCGGCGAGAUCCAGCUGCACCGCGGAGAGAGGGUCAAAGUGCUGUCUAUCGGGGAAGGAGGAUUCUGGGAAGGAACCGUGAAAGGAAGAACCGGUUGGUUUCCUGCCGAAUGUGUUGAAGAAGUACAGAUGAGACAAUACGACCCAAGACUGGAGACGAGGGAGGAUCGCACCAAGAGACUCUUCAGACAUUAUACUGUCGGAUCGUAUGACAACUACACCUCCUACAGUGACUACGUGAUCGAGGAGAAGACGGCUGUGCUGCAGAAGAGAGAGAGCGAGGGAUUCGGAUUCGUCCUCAGAGGAGCUAAAGCUGAGACGCCCAUCGAGGAGUUCGCUCCCACGCCGGCGUUUCCCGCUCUGCAGUACCUGGAGUCGGUGGACCAGGGGGGCGUGGCCUGGAGGGCGGGGCUUCGGACCGGAGACUUCCUCAUAGAGGUGAACGGUACCGACGUGGUGAAGGUGGGUCAUCGGCAGGUCGUCUCUCUGAUCCGACAGGGAGGAAGUCGCCUGCUGAUGAAAGUCGUGUCAGUUUCCCGGAAAUCAGAAUCCAACCUGAUCAGGAAGAAAGCUCCACCUCCUCCGAAACGAGCCCCCAGCACCUCAUUGACGCUCCGAUCCAAGUCCAUGACCGCUGACCUGGAGGACAUAGAGAAACUGGAUGAGAUGCUGGCGGGAAAUCAACAGGAAGUCGUUCUGAGGGCUCGUCCAUCGGACGACUUCAGAGCAGCGACGGUUAAACAGAGACCGACCAGCCGACGCAUCACGCAGGCCGAGAUUAACUCCCUGUUUGAGCGUCAGGGUCUCGUCCCCCCCUCCGCCCCAGAGAAGAGCACCAUGGCUUUACCCAGAGGAAUGUCCAGAACCAAAAGUUUUGGCACACCUGACGAUGACCGGAUCUCGGCUCUGAUCAAUGAAAGUCGGUUUCCACGGAGCUCCUCACUGACGGACAGCUUCAUCCCUCCUCCUCCUCAGACAGCUCCGCCCCCUCCUCCCUCCGCCUCCGCCUCCACCUCGCCGCUCUUCCUCCUCGACUCCGGGCCUCCUCCCUCCUUCCUCCCCCCUCCUCCCCCAGCCAGAGGGGAGGGUCUGACCCGCUCCAGCUUCAAGCCAGGGGCGGAGCCGAGGCUGCAGGAGCUCAUGGAUUCGCCGACGAGGAGCCACGCCCACGCCGAGCGCCAGAGGAAGGCGAGGUCCAUGAUCAUCCUGCAGGACACGCCGUCGCCGCCGCCGCAGCCUGACGCGCACACCGCCACACACACCGCCACACACACGCUUCACACCGCCACACACACCUCCACGCUGUCCCUCCACAGCACCAGCCCCGCCCUCGGCCACUCGCCGCUGUCACGCCGCCGGGGACGACCAAUAGAAAACCCUUACGCUAACGUGGGACAGCAAGCUCCGCCCACUAAACCACAGAGGAGGAAGUCGCCGCUGCUGAAACAACUUCCUGUAGAGGAGCAGGGACUUGGAAUGAAAGAUCAUGAUGGAAAAGAUGGUGGACCCGGCAGUCCCAGUAGGGCAGAGUUAUACCAGCAGCAGGUUCUUUCUGAGCGUGCUCGGGUCCAGGGCCGCCGGUCAUCCCUCUUCCUGUCUGUGGAAGGUGCAGGAUCAGACAACCAUGCGCCACCCCUCCUGACUCUGAGCCAUUCGAUGGACGACCUAGGGGAGCUCCCCCCUCCUGCCCCUGUUCUUUCGCCUUCGCCGACGCCUCACACCUUCCUCCACCCGCUGACAGGGAAACCUCUAGACCCUUCAUCUCCACUCGCCCUGGCUCUUGCUGCAAGAGAACGAGCACUCACCGCACGAACGCCUAGCCCCGAGCCUCGAACUAGACAUGCAUCUGCCUCAACCACACCCAUCCCCACUCCAGCUGCCAGUCCUGAGGGCAGGCAUAAGCGCACUCCUAUCGCCACCCCGCACAGUAGCCCCGAGCCACGAUCCAAACGCACCACUCCUCAGACGAGCCCCGAGCAGCGAAUGAAGCGAACCACUCCCCAGACCAGUCCGGAGCUGAGGCAUAAACGGAUAACCCCGCCCCUAUUCCCUGACGGACAGGUGGAGCGUCCAGAAACAGAAGGAGGAGUGACAUCGCCUGCCGCCCCCUCCCCUGAGCGCUGGAGACCUGUGCCGUUGUCAACCCUGGCCAACGAGAGCCACCCUUCUCUGAUCGACCGGCGCAAAAGCCUCACAGUGGGCAGCUCAGAGGAGGAGGGUGGAGCCUAUACAGUGACGCUCCCACCGGCGUUACUGUCGUCCAGCGAUGAGGAGACUCGAGAGGAGCUGCGAAGAAUCGGUCUGGUGGCUCCUCCCCCUGCUUUCGCCAGUCCUCCCGCCCUUCCUCCGCCAUCCUCUCUCAGUUUGUUGCCACGGCGAAGUGGGGAGGGAGGGGGAGGGGAAGGGAGCGGUCCUGACUCUCUGGGUAGACGAGAUGAGGAGGAAGGAAGUGACGAGCGCCUUCACGAUAGCUCCUCCUCGCCCACCUCACUCCCUCCCUCUAUCACCUUGGCCUCCCCUCCUGCUCCACCUUCUCCUUCCUCACCUCCUGCUCAUCCUUCCCCCUCCCCCGCAGCCACCUCCCCAUCAGGCCUUAAGCCCCGCCUUCGAUCACCUAUCGGCCGGGGCCGCUCAGCGCUUAGGGACCCACUGCUGAAACAAUCAUCAGACAGCGAGCUCCUCCCCCAUGCUGCAUCCUCCUCCUCCCCAUCCUCCCCACUCUCCUCCUCCCCGACCAGCGGGAGGCAGCCACGCUAUCUGUUCCAGAGGAGGUCCAAACUGUGGGGAGGUGGGGAUGACCGCAGUGAUGAGAGGCGGGGCUUCAGCCCAGAUGAGGGAGUAGGCCGUCCUUCGGCGCUAGGGGGUCAAGGGUCGGGGUCAGCUGUGGAUCUGACUAGCCGGUCAGCAUCUGCACUGGAGCUGAGCGGCAGGGCGGGGUCUGGACUGGAUCUCGCUAAUCGGCUCCAGCUGCUGAACAAGGACAGUCACUCUCUGGGGGAGGAACCGAGUCCCCUUGACCCGGGCCGGAGGUCACCAGUAGGAGGUGCAAGAUGUGUGGGCAGUGGCGAGAGUAAAUCGUUGUUCUCCAGUCUAGGUGAGCUCCACACCAUCUCCCAGCGAGGAUAUGGCUCCAGCUACACAGUCCGCCCAGGAAGUCGCUACCCUGUCACCCGCCGCAGCGCUUCCCCUUCUCCUUCCCCCUCUGAUAGGUCAAUAGGGCUUCCCUCCUCCACCGCCCCCUGCUCAGAAAGGCCAGAUCUGAGCUCGGGUCGUGGUCUAACCAUCCUGAAGUCGUCCAGUCUAAGUCUCCCCUCUGAACCAAAGGAGGUUCGGUUUGUGAUGCGAAGUGCCAGCGCACGAACCAGGUCCCGUUCACCCUCCCCUUCUCCCCAUGCCUCCCCCUGCCCCUCCCCUGUCCUCAGUGGGCCCCUGUUGGCGCUUCGGCCAUGGAGGCAGCGGCCCCUCAGCCUGUGGAAUAAAUAUGACGUGGGUGACUGGCUGGAGAGUGUCGGUCUGGCCGAACACCGCCAGCGCUUCCAGGAGCACGAGAUCGAAGGCUCCCAUCUCCCGGCCCUCACCAAGGAGGACUACGUUGAGCUGGGCGUCACCAGACUGGGACACCGAAUCAACAUCGAGCGUGCGCUCAGACAGCUGCUGGAUGGUUCCACUUGACCCCUCACCUCUGACACCUCACCUCUAGACAUCCUGAACUGUGACCUCAUAACCACUAGGCCAUCUCUUUGACUAGGAAAUCUUAUCAAUGACUGAAUCUUUAGACCUUUUUACCAACGUGUGGCCCAGCUCUCUGAGUAAUCUCAACGUCAUUUUGAUUUAUCAGCUCUUUGAUCAACUCAGUUUGUGAAG